GUGUUCUCUCCCAGCCCUGUUCUCCCCAGCUGCUCUCCAAGAUUGUGUCCUUUAUCCUUUGGGGAAGGAGUUGAGUUUGACCCUUUACCACCAAAGGAAAUAAGGUACACAUCCUCAGUUAAAUACGACUCAGAGAAGCACUUCAUUGAUAACGUCUACAUGCCAGUGGGCUUGAGCGUGUCAUCCUGCAGUCAGACAGUCAUCUGUGUCCCCAACUGCACGUGGCGCAACUACAAGACCGAGGUUCACCUCCAGCCCCGCAACAAGCCCCAGCGUUUCACCAGCACCACCAUUGUCUACCCAAAGCAUGCCAAGACUGUGUACACCACCACGCUGGAUUACAACUGUCGGAAGACCGUGCGGAGGUUCCUCUCCAGCGUAGAGCUGGAAACUUCGGAGUGCUUUGGGAAUGACUGUGUCCUGGAUGGUUGCUGA